AAAGUCAAAAAUGAAAAUUGACAAAUAAAAUUUAGGCGAUUUUUGUUGCUUUACUGUUUUAUCUGGAUAAAUGUAUGUAGUGGAUUUAUUAUAUGCUUAAAUUUUAACAAAUCCAAAGAUUGAUAACAUGGUACAAUCACAAUUCUCCAUAACGUGGGAAUCCUACAAUUCAAACAUUUGUAAAGGUUUCAGUUCUUUGCAACAGAAUGGCGAAUUUGUUGAUAUGACCAUUGCAGCUGACGGCUACUAUGUAAAAGUUCAUCAAGUUUUGAUUGCCUUGGCUAGCCCAUUUCUUAAGGACCUUAUUUCUUCUGCACCAUGUCAGCAUCCAGUUUUGUUUCUAAAUAAUGUUUCUCAUAGAACCUUGUCAGCCUUAUUGGAAUACAUAUACACUGGUGAGGUCCUUGUAGCUGCUGACAAUCUGGCAUCUUUUACAGAAGCAGCUAAAUCACUACAUAUCAAAGGACUUGAAAAUUUUACAGGUAAUGAUAGCAAAAUAGUAAAAUUAACAGCACAACCUUCACAAAUCGAAGAUGAUAAACUCUGUCACAUAAGUGGAAUCAAAAGGCCACCACAAGCAGUAAAUCAGCAAACACCACAGAUUGAAUUACCAAGCGCAGCAAGAAAGAUUUGCAUUAAACAAGAGCCGAAACAAACACCUAACAAAAAAUCAGAAGCACAGCCACCUAAUUUUAUAUCUAACGUCAAUAAAAUUGAGUCGCACGAGUUUGAUGAACAGAUGGAUGACAGUAUUGAUCAUGAUGACAAUGACAGUGACCAACAAGAUCGUUUACUUUCUGAGCAAAAGGAUGCAGACAGUACAGUUAAACCCGUUACCAACCUCCAGUUCACGGUUUCUAUACGUGGGUCACUUCAGAUAAUUUUGAAUAGAUACAUAUAUAACAUGCACUCGAUCACCCAUCGGAAUGGCGUACGUCGUUGGCGGUGUGUUGACUAUAGAAAUCACAAGUGCAAAGCUUUCGUCGUCACCCGGGGCAACGUCGUUUUAAACAGGGCUAAUCUUCACAACCACUCGUUUCACGAUAAGAAAAUCCUUGGGAAAAUUGAAAAGAAAUGCGUAUACUCUGCUUUAGAUGAUGUACAAGGGUAUAAUAAAGAGAAAGAUGAAAGCAAGAUUACGGAACAUGAUGAUUUCAUGUCGUUCGAGGAGUUUCCAGAUGACAUUGGCGACAAAUCUGACGAUUUCAUGAAGGAAGAUUAAUUAACUAUUAUAAUUGUUAAAGUUAAUACAUAACUGUAGUAUAUUACAUGUUUUGUUUCAUUAAAAAAAAUAGCAUCAGAUUGCGCUUAACUGUUAACAGAUUUACUUACACCUAGUUGCUCAAACGUCAAUUAAAACUUUAAUUAAUCUAAAGCGACGUUACCGAAACAAAUUUAAAAAUUGAGAGCAUUAAUUAGAUCUUAAACUCGCCAUUAAACCCUAAUGGACGUUUGUGCAACUGGGUGUAAGACAUGCAAUCAAUUUGAGAAAUAAAGGUCUUGGACAAAUCCAGACGUUUGAAGUAUACAGUCAACAAUACGCCAGGCUGUUAAAGGAGAAUGUUAAAAUCCUACUCGCUUUUAGAAUAUACAUAUACAGAAGGGUUGCCACCCGUCCAGAAUAUUCCGGGAUAGUGCCGUUUUCUUCUGAAUUUUAUCUCGAGUUUUAAUAACACUCGACAAUCGUUCCAUUCGUGCUUUAGGUACCCAUGAUUUCGCGUCUGCCGUGACCCCUGCUGUGCCCCUGUCGUUAUGUAAGGCGACAGGACGGCGUAACGCAUCUUCCGUAAUGAGGAAGUAUUUAAAAAAAAACAUUAGUUCCCGAAAUCAAACUAGAUGUGGCUACGGUACGUUCUUGAUUUAUCCAUGACAAUCCUUCCGGUUUUUUUUCAUGUUUAAAAGUAAAUUAGUUUUCAAAACUCAAUAAAUAACUCAUAUUCUAUUUGUACUUUUUCGUAUUUGUAUUGAUAUCUAAGAUUCGAACUUUUCAAAUUUCAGUUUUUUAAUAUGUUAGUUAAAAGGAUCGGAGAUGACUAUAUUUAGUCCAUUCGUUUUCUGCAAAAAUCAACUUUUGCUAGCGUCGCCAUCUAGUAGAGGUGCUUUCGUUUUUUUUAAUACUUUUUUUGUUAAUUAAAAAUAAAGAUUUUAUUUCUCCUUUGACGUACAAUGGACUGAAGUACGAUUACUUCUGAUGACCGUCUGAAUAUCACGAAUUUUGUUUCUCAAAAGCCGGCAGUGUCUAACAUUUACAACGGUUAGUAUUGGGAAGUCAGAAACUAGAUAUGAAGAUCUGUUCUUAGAAACCUAUGCCAUCAAUGACAUUAUUUAACGCUAUGAAUAUCGAAUUUAAGGCAUUAAUGAGUAUAUUCCCGUAAUGUUUACAUAAUAGAUAAGUACAAUUCUCAUUGCAGUCUCGGGGACGUUUGCUUUAAAUCUAAUAGCUUUUAAACUUUUAGUUCGCUUUUUUUUAAUUUGAUUAAAUAAGGAUUUUUCAUAAAACAAAAAAGUCAAAUACAUAUCCGCAGCAAAUUGCUAAUACAACAUACGAGUACAUAGUUUAAAACAAAGUUGUUUGCCGCUGUUUGCUCCGAAAUCUUAAGCUACGUACACACAACGAUUUCUUGUGGUUUUCAACAACAGAUAGUGAAUACCGAGGAAGGCUUAUAAUCUAUUAUACGGGACCACGAGGGCUAAGCCGCUGGCGGAAAGCUUAUUAUUUAAAUAUUAAUUAAUUAUCCAUUAAAUAGGCAUAUAAUAAUAUGUAAUUUUAAAAUCCUAAAUCUUCACUCCGCUCCUCUUCCGUAGCUCCGUGGCACAGUAGAUAAGCGUCGCGGCCCGCGACCGUUGACGUUAAGCAACUUUCGCAAGGGUCGGUCACGGGAUGGGUGACCAAAAAAUUAUUAUCUCGAGCUACUCCGUGCUUCGGAAGGCACGUUAAGCCGUUGGUCCCGGAUGCAUUUGUAGUCGUUAAUACCCUCCAAUCCGCAUUGGGCCAGCGUGGAGGUUCAUGGCCCAUCCUCCUUAACCAUCCAUAAGGAAGGCCUGAGCCCCUGCAGUGGGGACGUAAAAGGGCCGAUGAUGAAAUCUUCACACUCGUUGACUGUUAGGCGGAAAACAAUUCGCUGGGUUUGCUAAUACAUAAAAAGAAAAUUCUUUACCUAAAGACAAAAAUCAUAGGACGAUUUUAAUACGAGUAACAUUUCCAAAAGUACUGAUGGUAUUAGAUAUCGUUAUUUUCUUAAUAAGAUUAGGUUUGCUUAUUGUGCUUAUUUCUUGCACCCAUAAAUAUAAAAGCACCUAAAAGAAUAAAGCUCCUCAUUAAUAAUUGCAUGCACACUGUUUUUCAAUGUUUAUUUUGUUAUUUUUUUUAUUGUAAACCAAUUUUUUUUUGUAAUUUUUUAGGCAAGAAAUAAAAGGCUUUUUUACUUU